AUGGCGGAGCCAGCUCCGCCGUGUCUACGUCCCCAUCCCCGUUGGAGGCCAUGGAUGCGCGACUACCGCUCCAAGGAUGCGCGCGAGGUCCCGCUGGCGGCGCCGGGCGAGCGGGCCGCACGCCAUCUACGAGCGGCCUGCGCGGAUGGCGAGGGUCAGGCGCACGGGAUCUACACCGGAGAGAUGGAAACGAACAUGACCUUCCCAACGCCAAAAAUUGCAGUUUCUUCGGCCUCGAUUCCAUAG